AUGCCUUGGGCGCCGCGCCCGCCGUGUGCCCACCUCUCGCCUCCCAGCCGCAGCCAACUGGCUCGUCCUCCCUCGGUCGCGGCAGAGAUUAUCCUAGCGUUGCGCCAUAUUACGCGCCCGCCUCCCCUUCCUUCCUCACCGCGGUCUCCAAAGCCCCGCCGAGGCCCUCCGCCCGGACCCCCUCCCUUCGCCCCCAAAUCGCCGCCGCAGGGGCCGCCCCAGGGCUCCGCGGAGGCGCCGGCGUCUCGCAGCGCCUCGCCCUUCCUGACAGCGGAGCAGAGACGGGCUGACAGCCCAGCCCCCCGCCCGCCCUCGAGCGCGCCGCGGAGCUGUCACCCGGCCGCUGCCCUUCUCCGCGCCCCAGGAUUAUCCUCUCCGGAUCCCCGCGCGGCCCAAGCACGGGGAGGGGGCCGAGCCUGGGCGGCGGUACUCACCCCGCCCCGGGAGCGGCGCCGCCCGCCGCAGGAUGAGCGGAGCCCGGGCCGCCGAGGGAAGUCGCGUCGGGUGGGUGUGAGCGGCCGCGAGCGGACCCGGUGUCCGCGGCGCGCCGCCUCCGGCCCUGGCCCGGCCCCCGCCCUCAGCUCCGCGGUCCCUGCGCCCGCCGCCCGUGGCCCCAGGAGCCAGCCGCACCCGCCCGCCGCCGUGCCUCUCCAGCCCUCCGCGCUGCGUCCCCAUCCCCGCCCCCACCUCAGCUGUGGCUGCUCCGACGAGUCAGGUGACGGCGGCGGACAAACCCGGGCGAGCUCUCCACGCAGCGCCUCGCGGCCCCCUCCCAGCUACUCACACACGCCGCCCCCCGGGGCCGCGAGCCUACAGGCAAGGGGGCGCCGCGCGCGAGCAUCCCCGGCAGGCGCGAGGAGAGAAGGAGGCGGGGAGGCGAGGAGGGCGACACUCACCCAGCCAGCCACCCUCCGCCAGGCGCCCAGCUGCCUCUCGGCUCGCGGGACCCGCACCCAGCACGCACUGCGUGCGCGCGCACCACGCACACCUGCCGGCCGACUGCGGGCUGCGCCGGGGGCGCCGGGGGCGUUGGCGCAGAUGGGCAAGUGGGCUCCUGGAGUUCAGCGCCGUGAAGGCCGCGGCUGGGGCGUCGUCCCGCGCUGCCUGGCAAAGCCCAGCCAGCUCUCCCCUACCUCUGACUCGCCCACCCGUCAAAGGCAGCAGAGGCCCUGA